UCUCGGUCCUCUAGCCAAGGGGGUCAGAAACAUCUCUCUUUGGUUCAGUGAUUUAGCAGCUGGUCCUUAUACCAUUACAAAAUGUCUUCUCUACUGGAUAUGACAGAAUUUGGAGAGGCUGCUGAUUAUCUGAGGAAGAGUGAUAAUGAGCUGAUGAAGCUACAGACCAUUCCAUUUGAUGGCAAGAAAAAAGCUUGGAUUCCAGAUGAAAAAGAAGCUUACAUUGAAGUUGAAAUAAAGGAUUCCUCUGGGGGCAAAGUCACUGUGGAAACCAAAGAUAAAAGGACUCUCACUGUGAAGGAAGAUGAUAUCCAGCAGAUGAACCCUCCAAAAUUUGACAUGAUUGAAGACAUGGCCAUGCUGACUCACCUCAACGAGGCGUCAGUGCUCUCCAAUCUGAGGCGCCGUUAUGCUAACUGGAUGAUCUAUACCUACUCCGGACUGUUUUGUGUGACUGUGAACCCAUACAAAUGGCUUCCUGUCUACACAUCCAACGUUGUAGCUGCUUACAAAGGAAAAAGGCGCUCGGAGGCACCUCCCCACAUUUAUUCCAUCGCCGAUAACGCAUACAAUGACAUGGUGCGCAAUCGGGAAAAUCAGUCUAUGUUAAUCACUGGAGAAUCCGGUGCAGGCAAAACUGUAAACACGAAACGUGUAAUUCAGUACUUUGCCAUAGUGGCUGCCCUUGGGGAAGGGAUCGGGAAGAAGAGCCAAGCUCCAGCUACAAAAACUGGGGGAACACUAGAAGACCAAAUCAUUGAGGCUAAUCCAGCAAUGGAGGCUUUUGGCAACGCCAAGACUCUGAGAAAUGACAAUUCAUCACGUUUUGGGAAGUUCAUCCGAAUCCAGUUUGGGCCCACAGGAAAAUUGGCUUCUGCUGAUAUAGACAUCUAUCUGCUGGAAAAAUCAAGAGUUAUUUUUCAGCAACCUGGAGAGAGGAGUUAUCACAUCUACUAUCAAAUUCUGUCUGGAAAGAAACCAGAGCUUCAAGACAUGCUCCUGGUCUCCACAAAUCCCUAUGACUACCACUUCUGUUCACAAGGAGUAACGACUGUGGAUAAUUUGGAUGAUGGAGAAGAGCUGAUGCUCACUGAUCAUGCAAUGGAUAUCUUGGGCUUCAGCCAGGAAGAGAAAACGGGCAGCUAUAAAAUAGUGGGCGCUGUUAUGCAUUUCGGAAAUAUGAAGUUCAAGCAGAAGCAACGAGAGGAACAGGCUGAGACUGACGGCACUGAAAGUGCAGACAAGGCAGCCUAUCUGAUGGGAAUCAGCUCAGCAGAUCUCAUUAAAGGAUUGCUCCAUCCCAGGGUGAAAAUAGGGAAUGAAUAUGUGGUCAAAGGUCAAAAUUUGGAGCAGGUGGUGUUUGCGGUUGGUGCUCUGGCUAAAGCUACGUAUGAUCGGAUGUUCAAGUGGUUGGUUAAUCGAAUUAACAAAACCCUGGACACAAAGCUGUCAAGACAGUUCUUCAUAGGAGUUCUGGACAUUGCUGGCUUUGAAAUAUUUGAGUACAACAGCUUUGAGCAGCUUUGCAUCAACUUUACAAAUGAGAAACUGCAACAGUUUUUCAACCACCACAUGUUUGUCCUGGAGCAGGAAGAGUACAAGAAAGAGGGGAUUGAGUGGGUGUUUAUAGACUUUGGCUUGGACCUGCAAGCUUGCAUUGACUUAAUUGAAAAGCCUUUAGGAAUCCUAUCAAUUUUAGAAGAAGAAUGUAUGUUUCCCAAGGCUUCAGACAUGACUUUCAAAGCAAAAUUGUAUGAUAACCACCUGGGAAAAUCCCCCAAUUUCCAGAAGCCAAAACUGGACAAAAAACGCAGAUAUGAGCCUCACUUUGAACUUGUCCAUUACGCUGGAGUGGUGCCUUACAACAUUAUGGGAUGGCUGGAUAAAAAUAAGGACCCACUGAAUGAAACUGUUGUAACCGUAUUUCAGAAGUCAUCUAACAGGCUUCUGGCUAUUUUGUUUGAAAACUAUGUCAGCUCUUAUUCAGAAGAACAUAAAACAGGAGUCAAAGAAAAGCGCAAGAAAGCUGCAUCAUUUCAAACAGUGUCUCAGCUUCACAAGGAGAACUUGAACAAGCUGAUGACCAACCUACGGUCAACUCAACCUCACUUUGUGAGAUGCAUCAUCCCAAAUGAAACCAAAACUCCAGGUGCUAUGGAUCCAUUUAUGGUGCUACACCAGCUGAGAUGCAAUGGUGUUCUGGAAGGCAUUAGAAUUUGUCGUAAAGGAUAUCCUAACAGGCUACUGUAUGCUGAUUUUAAGCAACGAUACCGAAUCCUGAAUCCUAAUGCAAUUCCAGAUGAUAAAUUUGUGGAUAGCAGAAAAGCCACAGAAAAAUUACUGGGUUCCUUAGACAUUGACCACACACAAUAUAAAUUUGGGCACACAAAGGUAUUUUUCAAGGCUGGGUUACUUGGACAAUUGGAAGAGAUGAGAGAUGAAAGAUUGUCCAAGAUCAUCACCUUGCUACAGGCUAGAAGCAGAGGGAGAUUAAUGAGGAUUGAAUACCAGAAAAUAAUUGCAAGGAGAGAUUCAUUGCUAGUAAUCCAGUGGAACAUCCGAGCUUUCAAUGCAGUCAAGAACUGGUCUUGGAUGAAGCUUUUCUUCAAAAUCAAACCUUUGCUGAAAUCAGCACAGACCGAAAAAGAGAUGGCAAACAUGAAGGAAGAAUUCAUCAAGUUGAAAGAAGCUCUGGAAAAGUCUGAAGCCAAGAGAAAGGAACUGGAAGAAAAACAAGUCUCUUUGACACAAGAGAAAAAUGACCUUGGUCUACAGUUACAAGCUGAACAAGAUAAUCUUGCUGAUGCUGAGGAGCGCUGUGACCUAUUGAUUAAAACCAAAAUACAACUGGAAGCCAAGCUGAAAGAGAUGUCAGAGAGAUUGGAAGAUGAGGAAGAGAUGAACUCAGACCUCACGUCCAAGAAGCGCAAAUUGGAAGAUGAAUGUUCAGAGCUUAAGAAGGAUAUUGAUGAUUUGGAGAUUACAUUGGCCAAAGUGGAAAAAGAAAAGCAUGCUACUGAAAACAAGGUGAAGAAUCUUGUAGAGGAGAUGGCUGCUCUAGAUGAGAUCAUUGCCAGGCUGACCAAGGAGAAGAAAGCUCUGCAAGAAGCUCAUCAACAAGCUUUGGAUGACUUACAAGCAGAAGAAGACAAGGUUAACACGCUCACCAAGGCUAAAGCUAAACUGGAGCAGCAAGUAGAUGAUCUGGAAGGGUCCCUUGAACAAGAGAAGAAGCUGCGGAUGGAUCUAGAGCGUGCAAAGCGAAAGUUAGAAGGGGAUCUGAAACUCACUCAAGAGUCUGUCAUGGAUCUAGAAAAUGACAAGCAACAACUAGAGGAAAAGUUAAAAAAGAAAGAUUUUGAGAUAAGUCAACUAAAUUCAAGAAUUGAAGAUGAACAAAUGAUGUGUGCUCAACUUCAAAAGAAAAUCAAAGAACUCCAGGCACGUAUUGAGGAAUUAGAGGAAGAGCUGGAGGCUGAGAGAGCCACGCGUGCUAAAGUAGAGAAGCAGCGCUCAGAAGUGGCAAAAGAACUGGAGGAACUGAGUGAGAGGUUGGAGGAGGCUGGUGGUGCCACAUCCUUACAGAUAGAAAUGAACAAAAAGCGGGAGGCUGAAUUUUUAAAGAUGCGCAGAGACCUAGAAGAGGCCACUCUGCACCAUGAAGCCACGGCUGCUGGUCUGAGGAAGAAACAUGCAGACUCUGUGGCUGAGCUUGGAGAGCAGAUCGACAGUCUUCAACGGGUCAAACAGAAACUGGAGAAAGAAAAAAGUGAGAUGAAGAUGGAGCUUGAUGACUUAUCUUCCAAUAUUGAUCAGCUAACUAAAAAUAAGGGGAAUGCAGAGAAGCUUUGUCGGACGUUUGAGGAUCAGUUAAGUGAAGCAAAGUGCAAGGUGGAUGAGCUGCAACGUCAGUUAGCAGACAUGUCCCUCCACAGGGCUAGACUACAGACUGAAAAUGGUGAAUUAUCCCGACUUCUGGAGGAAAAAGAAUCCCUUGUUAACCAGCUAAGUCGAGGCAAAGCGUCCUUCACACAGACCAUUGAGGAGCUAAAAAGGCAGCUAGAAGAGGAGACUAAGUCGAAAAAUGCAUUAGCACAUGCUCUGCAAGCUUCUCGCCAUGACUGUGACCUUAUGCGGGAGCAGUAUGAAGAAGAACAGGAAGCUAAAGCAGAACUACAGAGGUCGCUCUCUAAAGCAAAUGCAGAGGUGGCUCAGUGGAGGAAUAAAUAUGAAACAGAUGCCAUUCAAAGGACCGAAGAACUUGAAGAUGCCAAGAAAAAGCUGGCAGCAAGACUCCAGGAAGCAGAGGAAGCAGUUGAAGCUGCUAAUGCCAAGUGUUCCUCUCUGGAGAAAACAAAGCACCGUCUUCAGACAGAGAUUGAGGACUUGGUCAUAGACCUGGAAAGAGCCAACUCUGCAGCUGCUGCACUAGACAAGAAGCAGAGGAACUUUGAUAGGAUUCUAGCAGAGUGGAAGCAGAAGUAUGAGGAGACACAAGCCGAACUAGAAUCCUCACAAAAAGAAUCUCGCAGCUUGAGCACAGAGCUCUUCAAGCUGAAAAAUGCAUAUGAGGAAUCUCUGGACAAUCUGGAGACCAUGAAACGGGAGAACAAGAACCUGCAAGAGGAGAUAGCGGAUCUGACAGAUCAGAUCAGUGCGAGUGGGAAAAUGAUUCAUGAGCUGGAAAAGGUGAAAAAAUCUCUAGAGAGCGAGAAGAGCGACAUCCAGGCAGCUCUGGAGGAGGCAGAGGGGGCCCUGGAACAUGAGGAGAGUAAGACCUUACGAAUCCAACUGGAGCUCUCGCAGAUUAAAGCUGAUGUGGACCGAAAAAUAGCAGAGAAAGAUGAGGAGAUUGAAAAUUUGAGACGUAACCACCAGAGAGCUGUGGAAUCAAUGCAAGCAAGUCUAGAUGCAGAGGCGAAGGCUAGGAACGAAGCCAUCAGACUCAAGAAGAAGAUGGAGGGUGAUCUAAAUGAGAUGGAAAUCCAGCUGAACCACGCCAACCGGCAAGCCGCCGAGUCACAGAAAAUGGUCCGCCAUCUGCAAUCCCAGAUCAAGGAUCUGCAGAUUGAGUUGGACGAUACACUUAGGCACAACGAUGAUCUGAAAGAACAGGCAGCAGCACUGGAGAGGCGCAACAACUUGCUCCUGGCAGAAGUAGAGGAGCUUCGGGCAGCACUGGAACAAGCGGAGAGAGGAAGGAAGCUGGCUGAGCAGGAGUUGCUGGAGGCCACAGAGAGAGUUAACCUCCUACAUUCACAGAACACUGGUCUUAUUAACCAGAAAAAGAAACUUGAUGCAGAUAUUUCUCAGCUGACCACAGAAGUGGAAGAAGCAGUCCAGGAAUGUCGCAACGCAGAGGAGAAAGCCAAGAAAGCCAUCACUGAUGCAGCGAUGAUGGCUGAAGAGCUGAAGAAGGAGCAGGAUACCAGCGCUCAUCUUGAGAGGAUGAAGAAGAACAUGGAACAGACCAUCAAGGACCUGCAGAUGCGCCUUGAUGAAGCUGAGCAAAUUGCCCUAAAAGGAGGAAAGAAGCAGAUUCAGAAACUGGAAGCCAAGGUGCGAGAGCUGGAAGGAGAACUUGAGAUUGAGCAGAAGAAGAAUGCAGAAACUCAGAAGGGCAUCCGGAAGUAUGAGAGGAGAAUAAAAGAGCUCACUUACCAGACUGAAGAAGACAGGAAGAAUCUGGCCCGCAUGCAGGAUUUGAUUGACAAGCUACAGAUGAAAGUCAAGAGCUAUAAGAGACAAUCUGAGGAAGCAGAAACUCAAGCCAACUCAAACAUGGUGAAGUAUAGGAAGGUUCAGCAUGAGCUGGAAGAUGCAGAAGAAAGAGCAGACGUAGCAGAGGGACAAGUCAAUAAGCUACGUGCUCGCACCCGAGAAGCUGCUACUUCAAAGCAUGAAGAAUGAGAAGGUUGCAGAGCAGCAGAUUCGGCUUCUGUGAUCUUCCAGACAGCUGCAACAGCUGUUACUGUGUCUGACCUAUUCCCUAUUCACCCUCCACUGUCAAUCCGUCCUUAAAUCAAGAAUAAAUAAAAAGCAACUGACGUAAAA